ACCAAUUCCAAGAAACUCAUCGCUGUGUUAUUCAUCGAUCCUCCCCAUGGAUCAAUUUACUCAUCAUAGACUUCAUACCCGCUUUCCACAAACUUAUCAAUGUUACCCUCUCUCAUACUGCAACAAAUCCCAUCUAGAAAACGGUGGCAGAAUCAUCAUGCCUGCCUCAGCUGUCAGUUUCCUUGCAUUCACAGUUUUCAAAAACCCCAUGAUGUUCAAGUUAACCAACCCUAAAAAUGGGGAACUCACGCAUUGUGGAGUUGAGGAGUUUGAUGCCCCUGAGGGUUUUGUUUUCAUGCCAAACUGGAUGAUGGAGCACUUGGAAUUAGAACAACGAGACCGUGUCAAUGUCAAAAGCAUACAUUUGAAGAAAGGAACUUACGUGAAGUUACAACCUCAUACUAAGGAUUUCUUGGAGAUUUCCAACCCUAGAGCCGUUUUGGAAACAACACUGAGGAACUUCUUUUGUUUGACAAAGGGUGAUACCAUCAUGAUCAUGUAUAAUGACAAGAAUUUUUACAUUGAUGUGAUCGAAACAGCACCGUCUCAUGCUAUAAGUAUUUUUGAGACAGACUGUGAGGUGGACUUUGCUCCACCUUUGGAUUUCCAAGAACCAGUAACAACAGUAGUGAAGGAUAUCAUGGCUACGAGGAAAGUUGAGGAGCAAGCAGUAGAGGAUGAUGUGAAGUUUGAACCUUUUUGUGGCGAAGCAAGGCGCUUGGAUGGGAGAUUUUCAAUGGAGUCGGUUGUAUCGGAUUGCUCUGCGAGGUUGAAGCAAAUUUCUGUAGAUGAAGUUAAUGAGAAAAGCAAGGCUACUCAGUACUCCAACUUGAGAAGUAAACCAGGAAAGCUAGUCUUUGGUUCUAAUAAGGAAUUGGAAAAGAACUCUAAAGAAGAUGUGGCAUUGAAGAAAGGAGAUGAAAAGUUCCAACCAUUCACCGGUAGGAGUUACAGGCUGACAGACUAG